GAGUGGGGGGGCUCUUGCUGGGGGCAAAGGUCGCCCUGUAGUCCAAAGGGUUUGAAUGCUGGUAGCCAAGGCCAGCAGGCUGGGCGCUCCCUGGCCUCCUUGUGUUUGGCUGGUGACUGCUCUUGGACCUACACAAGAGCCUCUUCUCCAGGACCCCCGUUUCUUCCUGUGGCGCCAUGUGGGUGCUGAACUAGAAGUUUGCUACCAGACUCCGUAGCCCACUUUGCCUGCAACCCUGUGGGGGUAGCCACAUGUGCUGGCGGAGAACCAAGUCCCUCUGGCUGGUGCUGUUCAUCUCCUGGCUCAUCGUCGUCCUGGGAGUCUUUCCUCUCCUGCGCCUGGUGGUGCCUGGUGGACCUCAGCAGGGGCCACCCCGAGGCUGGCCCCGUUGGCUUGACACAGCUUUCCUGCCUGGUUUCUCCCUACCUGAGGAAUCUCUGGGAAAUGCCCCCAGACGUCCUCUCGCACGCCAUCACGACAGCUGCAACUGGGGAACUUGUUUUGACACAUCCAAAUGCAGGAGUGGCCUCAAGGUAUAUGUGCACCCCCCUGCUGGCCCCAUCUCUGAGACUCACCGCGGGAUCCUGGCCUCCAUAGAGGGCUCCCGCUAUCAUACGGGGAGCCCGGCUGAGGCCUGUCUGCACCUCCUCCUCAGCCUGGAUGUCCGUGCUGGAGAGGGCAAUAGGGUGCCCCCACAAUGGAAUGGGGGCAGGAACCACUUGGUCCUUAGGCUGCAUCCAGAGCCCUAUCCCUGGACUGUCCAGCUUGGACAAGCGAUGGUGGCGCAGGCCAGCCCCACCCUGGACACCUUCCGGCCUGGCUUUGACGUGGCUCUUCCGCUCCUGCCCGAAACCCACCCGUUGCGUGGUGGGUUUCCUGGCCAGUUGAAGCAGCACAGCCCCCAGCCGGGGCUGGCCCUGCUGGCCGUGGCAGAGGAGGGGGGCGGGUGGCAUCCUGCAGGCACCAACUUUUCUGCCUGCCCCAGGGAGGUGUGCUAUCAACAGGACUCUGGAUUGGAGCUGACUCACACUGGGGCUGUGCUGCCCAAUGCCACCUUCUGCCUCAUUCCUGGCCACCGUACUGCUGCCUUGCACUUCCUCCAUGCCCUGCAGGCUGGCUGCAUCCCUGUGCUGCUCAGCCCUAGCUGGGAGCUGCCCUUCUCUGAAGUCAUCGAUUGGACCAAAGCGGCCAUUGUAGCUGAUGAGAGACUCUCACUUCAGGUCAUGGUCGCCCUCCGGGAGAUGCCUCCCACCCGAGUUCUCUCGCUGCGCCAGCAGACCCAGCUUCUGUGGGAUGCCUACUUCUCUUCAAUCGAGAAAGUCAUCUAUACCACCCUGGAGAUUCUUCAAGACCGGAUCUUGGGUGCCUCUGCUCACCCCUCACUGCUUUGGAACAGUCCUCCAGGGGCACUCCUGGCCUUACCCAUCUUUUCUACAAGUCCUUUGGACUACCCAUUCUACCAUCUACAACAGGGCUCUCAUACUGCAGACAGAUUCAAUGCCCUGAUCUGGGUUGGGGCUCUAAGCCAAGCCCCCCUGAAGCUCAUCCAGGCUGUGGCAGACUCCAAGCACUGUGCCCAGAUUUUGGUUCUUUGGAGCAGUGAGAGGCCACCUCCACUCAGAUGGCCAGAGACAGGUGUGCCCUUGAUUGUCAUUAAUGGACCAAGGAAGGUCAGUGAGCGCUUCCUCCCCUACAAUGCCAUCAGCACUGACGCCAUCCUCAGCCUUGAUGCCCACAGUGCUCUCUCCACAAGUGAGGUGGACUUCGCUUUCAGGGUAUGGCAGAGUUUUCCAGAACGGCUAGUGGGCUUUCUGACAUGGAGCCACUUCUGGAAUGAGGCCCGGGGUGUUUGGGACUACACAACUGAGAAGACCAAUGAAUUCUCCAUGGUGUGCACCUCAGCUGCUUUCUACCACAGGUAUUAUCACACCCUUUUCACCUACUCCUUGUCCAAGGCUCUGAGGACCCUGGCCGACCAGGAACCCUCCUGCAUAGACAUCCUAAUGAACUUCCUGGUGGCAGCAGCCACCAAGCUGCCCCCUAUCAAGGUGCCCUACAGGAAGCAGCUCCAGGAAGCAAGACCUCUGGUGGAGCCUGGACUGGAGCUACAGCAGGAGUGCAUCAACCAGGUGGUGGCAGGGUUUGGUUACAUGCCCCUUGUGGCUUCCCGCCUUCGUCUGGAACCAGUGCUCUUCAAGGAUCCAGUGUCCGUACUGCGGAAGAAAUAUCGCAACCUGGAGAAGCCCUAGAAGGAACUGAUGAAGACCUUUUGCUCUCACCGGGUCACCACUGGUCUGAGGUGGAAUACUCGGACACUAGGGACAUCUGGCGAGCCAAUCAGACCAAUAUGCCACAUCCCCA